UCGCUCGUGCACGUAUUGAAGCAUCGGCGAACUCUAACAGAGCCAGAAGUUCGCUACUACAUGGUGCAUCUGGUGUAUGGAUGCAGGUACGUUCACAGUCAGAAGGUCAUUCAUCGUGACCUGAAGCUGGGAAACAUGUUACUUAACGAGGAGAUGCAGGUGAAGAUCGGUGACCUUGGACUCGCCACCAGGGUCGAAGCCACGACCAACCGCAAGAUAACGAUAUGCGGCACACCAAACUAUAUUGCCCCUGAGGUGCUUAAUAAGGAAGGCCACGGAUAUGAGGCAGACUUUUGGGCCAUCGGUUGUAUCAUGUAUGCCCUGUUGGUGGGACGUCCACCGUUUGAGACGGCGACGCUCAAAGACACGUACGCUCGCAUCUCUGCUAACAGAUACACGCUGCCAUCGUACCUGUCCAGCAGCGCUCGCUCACUCAUCAUACAGGUCUCAGGGAAGUCUUCUCAGCAGAAGGAGAAAGGUAGCAGCAGCGGUCGCUGUCUACAGUCUGUACGCGAUCUCUCUCCCGUCAUCACCAACGUUCUGCGGCAGACGGUUAGCAAUGUGAUGCGUCAUGACAACCGCGAUGCUUCCGCGUCGCCGUUGCCUAGCAACAACAACCAUUCCACCACCACACAUACCAAAGAAGCCCAGCAGCAGCAGCAGCAGCAGCAACAGCAGGAGCAGCAGCAGCACAGGCGCACAGGCAGCACGUGUAGCAGCAGCACUGUGAGUUCUUCAUCAUCAUCGUCCUGCAGUGCUGGUGACAUCCAUGAGAUGCUUCACACCUGCCUCAUCAACAUGCCGUCAAAGCCGAAUCCAGCACUGCCAAGUCUCGGACCUUGUACUUCUGUACUGUGGAUCACCAAGUGGGUCGACUAUUCGAACAAGUACGGCUUCGGGUUUCAGCUGUCAGACAAAAGUGUCGGAGUUCUGUUCAACGAUGGAGUGCAGAUCAGUAUGGCUCCUAACCGCAGCCAAGUGUACUUUAAGGACAUUGGUCAUAAACCAAAGCUUUACACGACCUCUAACACGCCGACAUCGCUGCAGAAACGUACCGUGCUGCUGCAGUAUUUCUCCAGCUACAUGGAUGAGAACCUAAUACAGGUAUGUGGCGCCCUCGUGUGGUACCCUCGUGCUUACUGUGACCCCCCGUCUUUCCAGAUCAACUUCUUCAGUGACCACACGAAGGUGAUCGUGUCGAGUGAACAGGACGGCCACUACGUGUCGUUCAUAGACGAGCAACGUCGCGCGUACACCUACCGCGCCGUUCAGCUCGCGCACUUCGGCUGCUGCUCCCCCGUCCUGCUCUCCCGCCUCCAGUAUGUGCGUGACGUCGCCAAGGGUCUCGGAGAGGAAGAGGGCGCCUCGCUGUGACAAGUGAACAGUCGUCCUGUGACAGAGGGCGCCUCGCUGUGACAAGUGAACAGUCGUCCUGUGUCAGAGGACGCCUCGGGGUGAAUGUUCACAGGGACACCUUGCUGCGAAGGAAAAACUAAAUCCAAUUUAGGUUUAGGGGUCCUGCAUGGUUGGCAUGGCAACGGUAGCUGUUAGAAGUGAGGCUGUGUCUGCCAUGGAGACUGGGUUGUGAGGAAGUGAGAGAGAAACGUGGAGAGAUGUAGGGCUGCAUAUAGGAGGCAGAUAGAGAGAGGUAAAGCUCCGUUUAUCCGUCAUUGGUUUGCGAUGUUUGAGCAAGGAAGGCAUUGUACGAGAAUGAGACGUAUAAUAGAUAGUUGUCAUGAUUCCGUGAUAGAUGGCGCUAGCGGUUAGAUGCGGUAACGGAGUAGGGAUGGCAGGAUAACAGCUAGUCUUGCCACUCGUCACAGAUUACUGAAGGCUGCUAGACAUCUCACAGCCUGUUGUUUUCAUCGUUUGUUCCUUUCAACUAUUGUCGAGGGAGAGUGUAGCCAAUCUCCUGUGAUAUUAAACUAGUGUUAUAGACCACCAGGGGGCGGCACGUCCUCGUUAUUGUCUCCCGAACGCUCACCGAAUUGCAGGUGCUGCUGGGUUUCAGUAAGACACGUAUGCAAUCAAAAUGUAAAAAUGUAGUCGUAGAAAUGGCGUAUGCCUUCGACAUGAGCUCCGGGUGAUUGAUAACCUGGCAAUGACCCGAGGUCACGGGGUCACGGGGUCGUGUGGGGGUCACCUAUCCACAAGUCGCAAUCGAUGAUCUCAAGACUUAUGAGCAGAUGAGGUGUAGUUAGUCUGUUAGUUCAUUAGUGUUGUUAGGCAGAGAGACGGCUAACGUAUGGGCAGGCGUGCGCGCGUGCGUGCGGCUAACGUACGGGCAGGCGUGCGCCUAAAGUACGGGCAGGCGUGCGCGCGUGCGUGCGGCUAACGUACGGGCAGGCGUGCGCGCG